AUGAAAUCCGGAUCCCACCAAUCCUCCCACCCCAUCAGCCCCAAGCGGGCCAAGCACCUCGAACGCAACCGCAUCGCCGCCAACAAAUGCCGCGAGCGAAAGAAGCGCGAACACAAGCAAAUCGAGCGUCGCCUGAGCGAUGAAGCCGAAAAGAAAGACCUCCUGCUCGCCCAGUUGAACUGUCUCCGCGAAGAAGUCUGGGAUCUGAAGAACAUCAUCUUCCAGCACGCCGAGUGUGAGGACCACCAAAUCAACCUCCAACUCGCCAAAAUGACCCAAACCGUCCUGGAUUGCCAACCCGACCUGAACACGGGCUCGUCGCCGACAUUCUCGAGUGGGACGUGGUCGGAUGAGUCGGUCGCAGACGAGACCAAUAUAAUCGGACCGGGCGCAAACACUGGCAGUGAUUGGACGGUGUUGCCCAAGGCCGCGAAUGAUCUCGUUCCUUACGAGCCAACUGGAUUUACCGAGUCGCUCUUUGAGAACUACAUCGCCGACAAUCUGUAUCCUUGA